AUGGGCGCGCGCGUCCGGGCGCUGCUGCUGGCGCAGCUGUUGGUGCGAGCGGGGCUCCGUCAGCCGCGUGCCCGUCCGUCCGUCCCAGGGCCCUGCGGCCGCCACAAAAUCCAGCCGCGCGUGGUGGGCGGCAAGGACUCGGAGCUGGGGCGCUGGCCGUGGCAGGGCAGUCUGCGCUUGUGGGGCGCCCACCACUGCGGCGCCAGCCUGCUCAACCGCCGCUGGGUGCUGUCGGCCGCGCACUGCUUUGAAAAGCACACUGAUCCCUUUGAGUGGUCCGUGCAGUUUGGCGAGCUGUCUGCCUCACCGUCCAUCUGGAACCUGGAGGCCUACCACAACCGAUACCAGGUGGAGGAGAUCAUUUUGAACCCCAUGUAUCUGGGGGCGUCAUCCUCUGACAUCGCCCUGCUGAAGCUGUCCUCCUCCGUCACCUACAAUAAGUACAUCCACCCCGUCUGUGUUGCGGCCUCUUCCUCUGAGUUCCAGAACCAGACUGACUGCUGGGUGACGGGCUGGGGGAACAUCGGAGAAGAUCAAGUGCUGCCAGCCCCCUACCUCCUCCAGGAAGUACAGGUCAGCAUCAUCAACACCACCAUGUGUAACUACCUGUACACACAGCCCCUGGUCCGCUACGACAUCUGGGGGGACGUGGUGUGCGCCGGCGAUUCCCAAGGAGGCAAGGAUUCCUGCUUCGGGGACUCCGGUGGCCCCUUGGCCUGCGAAAAGAGAGGUGUGUGGAUUCAGGUUGGCAUCGUGAGCUGGGGAUCGGGCUGCGGUAGACCCAACCGGCCCGGGGUCUACACCAACGUCAGUAGGCACUUCAACUGGAUCCGGACGCUGAUGGCCCGCGGCGCCCCCAGGCCAGUCCCCUCUCGGCUGCUCCUGCCCCUCGCUGUGCUCUGGGCCGGGCUCCCGCAGCCGGCCUGAGCCCAGCGGAGUCCUGAGAGCUGGGGCCAUCUGCUGAGCCAGGCCCCGUCCCCCACCUCGUCCCUUUUCUAAUAAACUCCUUAGCGUGUUGGAA